AUGACAGGCCGAUCCUGUGCAUCACUCACAGUGCUGCUCGGACUGAAUGACAGCAGGAAUCGCUUAGUGAAAGCUGCAACCUCACGGGCCCUGGGAGCCUAUGUGCUUUUUCCCUGUCUCAGACAGGGCAGAGAUGUCAUAUUUGUUGCAGACACAGUAAAUGCAAUAUUGAUGUCACUUGAAGACAAGUCUCUGAAUGUUCGAACCAAAGCAGCCUGGUCCCUGGGCAACCUGACAGACACGCUGAUUGUCAACAUGGAAACACCAGACCCAAGUUUCCAGGAAGAGUUCUCUGGUCUCCUGCUCUUGAAAAUGUUGCGAUCAGCUAUAGAAGCAUCCAAGGAUAAACACAAGGUAAAGAGCAAUGCAGUCCGGGCCCUUGGAAAUUUGCUUCAUUUUCUGCAACCCUCUCUUAUAGAAAAACCCACAUUUGCAGAAAUAAUUGAGGAGUCUAUCCAGGCCCUAAUUUCUACUGUUCUAACAGAAGCUGCCAUGAAAGUCUGAUGGAAUGCUUGUUAUGCAAUGGGAAAUGUAUUUACAAAUCCUGCCCUUCCAUUAGGUAAGAAAGUUUCCCUUCACUCCCUGGUGGAAAGCCUCUUGGACAAUACACACCAAUCUACAUUGUUGUUAAAGAUGUUUGUCACAUGUCAUUUAUCACAGUAUGAGGAAAAAAUGGAGACAUACUGAAAACAAGUUUAGGAGAACAUUGAAAUACGUCAUUACCUAUACAAUGAGAUUUAUAAUGGAAUAUUGUGUUGCCAUUUAAAAUUACUUACAAUAAUUUUAUAAUCUGGAAAAAUACUUCUGAUGUUAAACAAAUGAAAGCAAGUAUUAAAUCAUUUCUACAGAAUGACCUCAAUCGAUGGGUAGAAAAAAGACUGAAAGGAAACUGGACCAAUUAUUAACAGUGAUUGCCUCUGGUUGAGUAGGAUUUUUUCUGUUUUCAUUU